AGCCAGCUGGGUCCUGCAGCUGAGCUUAACGCUGUGUUUGCCCUCCCUUUCCCUUUGUUUUUUCCUCUCCUCCUGUCACUGCCACCCUGGAGGAAGAGAGGGAGAGGCUGUCGCUCACACGCUCCUCUCUGCAUUAACCCGCUUGAGUGAUCCCUCCCCUGAUGCCUUUGGGAAACUCUCCAGCACUCUGACGGAGGCUGCGGGUGCUGGCUUUAAAUCACCUUCUCCUGUGGAUUACGACAGCUGGCUGCGAAGAUAAAAGCUUUUCUCUCCUCUUCCCUUCCUCUUCACUUUUCCUCCUAAAGCCACAGCGGUUCCCAGCCGCAGGCACGAUGCUGGCGGGAGCCCUGCGCUGCCUCGUGCUCCUCUACCUGGUUGAGGAGAGCAUCAGCGUAGUCCGGAGGUACUACAUCGGGGCCGUGGAGACCACCUGGGACUACACACACAGCGACCUGCUCUCCGUGCUGCAAACACCUGCGGGCGUGUCAGGGCUGCCGGGACCUCAGCCCCCCGCACCCGAUGCCCUUCCACAUUACAGGAAGGCCGUGUUUGUGGAGUUCCCCGAUGCCUCUUUCACCCAGCCCAAGCCCAAACCGGCGUGGAUGGGUCUCCUGGGACCCACCAUCCGAGCAGAAGUCUAUGACACGGUGGUCAUCACCUUCAAGAACCUGGCCUCCCGCCCAUACAACCUCCACGCCAUCGGGGUGUCCUACUGGAAGGCGUCAGAGGGUGCAGGGUACGAGGAUGAGACCAGCCAGCUAGAGAAGGAGGGCGACAGGGUGGAUCCAGGGAAGACGCACACCUACAUCUGGGAAAUCCAGCAAAACCAGGGCCCCACAGACGGCGACUCACCGUGCUUGACCCACUCCUACUCCUCCAACAUCGACAGCGUGAAGGACACCAACUCCGGUUUGAUUGGAGCCCUGCUCGUGUGCCGGCCUGGGACCCUGGUGAGCGAUGGGACCCAGGACACGCAGCAAGACGUUGUGAUGCUGUUUGCAGUGUUUGAUGAAGGGAGAAGCUGGUACUCUGAGCCUGACCCCCUGGCAGCUCCUCAGCCCCUGCCCCACACCAGGGGGGAGCUGCACACCAUCAACGGCUACGUCAACGGCUCGCUGCCCGGUCUCACGCUGUGCCUCAGGAAGCAGGUCCACUGGCACGUGAUAGGCUUGGGCACUGGGCCCGAAGUGCACUCCGUCUUCUUUGAGGGACACACGUUUCUGGUGAGGGGCCACCGUCUCAGCAGCCUAGAGAUCUCCCCUGCCACGUAUCUCACAGCUCAGACCAUGCCAGGAACAGCCGGUCAGUUUCGGAUGUUCUGCCAGAUUCCGUCCCACCAGCAAGCCGGCAUGGAGGCCCUUGUGAAGGUGGAGCAGUGCCCGGAGGAGCGCCUGCUGAAGGUGGGGCAGCUGUCAGAUGAGCCAGAGGAGGUGGAGGACCCCGAAGAAGAAGAAGAAGAAGAGGAAGCUUAUCAUGUGAUCCAAGUGCGCUCUUUUGCCAAGAGGGACCCUGUGACCUGGACCCAUUACAUUGCAGCUGAGGAAAUGGACUGGGACUAUGCCCCUGUGAAGCCGGCAUCUCUGGAUAGAAACACCACGAGCCUGUUCCUGGAGGCUGGCCCUCAGCGGAUUGGUUCAAAGUAUAAGAAAGUGAUGUUUGUGGAGUAUGAGGAUGCAGCCUUCAAGAAGCGCAAGGUGUCGUCCCAAACAUAUAAGGGAAUUCUGGGACCUGUCCUGAAGGGGGAGGUUGGAGAUCAGUUUAAGAUUGUGUUCAGGAACCUGGCAAGCCGACCGUACAACAUCUACCCUCACGGCCUCACCAGUGUAAGGCCGUACCACGCCAUGAAGUCCUCUCAAGUUAAGGACGUGAAGGACAUUCCUAUUGCCCCUGGCCAGUCCUUCACCUACAGUUGGAGGGUCACGACAGAGGAUGGGCCGACGCAAGCAGAUCCUCGCUGCCUCACCCGCUUCUACUACAGCUCUGUCAACCCGGCACGGGACACAGCCUCGGGUCUCAUCGGGCCCCUCCUGAUCUGCUUCAAGAAGUCCAUGGACCAGAGGGGAAAUCAGAUAAUGUCGGACGAGACAAGGCCGGUGCUGUUUUCGGUCUUCGAUGAGAACCGCAGCUGGUACCUGGAGGAGAACAUCAGGCGGUUCUGCACCGAUGCAGCCCACGUGGAUACCCAGGACCCCCAGUUUUAUGCCUCCAACGUGAUGCACACUAUUAACGGCUUUGUCUUUGACAACCUGCAACUGAACCUCUGCCUGCACGAAGUUGUGUACUGGUAUGUCCUGAGCGUUGGGGCCCAGACAGAUUUCCUUUCCGUCUUCUUCUCUGGAAACACAUUCAAGCGCAACAUGGUCUUUGAGGACAUGCUUACCCUUUUCCCAUUUUCUGGAGAAACUGUCUUCAUGAGCGUCGAAAAGCCAGGCACUUGGACGCUGGGGUGCCUGAAUCCUGAUUUCAGAGAGCGAGGGAUGCACGCCAAGUUCACAGUCUCUCAAUGCCAGCAUGAGGAAUACCCUGAUGAGGAAGAUUAUGUGGCUUAUGAAGAUGAUACCUUUGACCCCCAACCAAGGGGCUUCUCUAAGAGAAGGAGAUGGCGCAGACCGUGUGUGAGUGAGCAGCUGAACAAUGUCACCUCUUCCAAAAAUGAGACGGGGAAGCCAAAAUUGUGCUUGUCAGAACCCAGCCACGGGGCCCUCCUGAGCAAUGGCAGUGUUUCUGGUCCCUCUUCCAAUGGCACAUCAGCAUUUUCAGGUAACCCACAUCCAGCUGAUAUUUCCCCAUCUCUGCCGGAGACAAACUAUGAUCUAGUGUCCUAUGAAUCCUUCUUAGAAGAUGAAGAAGAAUUGUCAAAAAACAUCAGCCAGGACCAAGGGACUCUCCCCCCUGGGGAACGCUUGGAAAGCAUCAGCGGAGAGGUCUAUGGUGCUGCUAGCUCCGAAGCAGGUCAGAAAGAGCUGCACCAAGCUACGUCAGCUCCAGAUGAUAUGGUGGGAAAUAAGGUGGCAAAUAUCUUAGAAGUGCAGGAGCCAGUAAAAGAGACGAUGGUCCAGUCUGGUGGUACAUUAGGGGUCCUGGAAGCAGAGCCUCAGAAGACAACAGCUCACACAGUGGGCCUGUGGGACUCAGCUGCCUUUGCUGCUGGCAAAGGUUCUCCUCAAGGGACCUGGAGCUCAUUUCACCAGAACGACCUGGAGCACGGUCUGGGACUUCAAGGCACAUCUUCACAGAGUGCUGAUGAAAUGCACUUAAAUCUCCAUGAAUCAAGGGAGACAAUCAAUACAGAGCUGGCUUUAAGCACUGACCCAAACUCCUCCCUCACACUGGCCAGUUCUUCAGCACCCUCAGACAAGCCAGGGGACAGCAGGACUUCCCGCGCUGGGUCUCAGAGCCACACUGGAGAAGGCAGUCAUUCCUCAAAGGAGUUAGAUGCUAGGCUGGAAAAAAGACCUCACAAAGUGGUUUCACAAGGCUUUAAUGAAUCUUUUGAAGGGGAAAAUGUUUCUUUUCCAGACCUAGGACCCCGAAGACCUGUAGAAGAGCAAAUCUUUACAGAUGUGAGUAACUCCUUGCCUGCAAAAAGUGGCACAGAAGAAGCCAGUGAGCUUGCCAAAGGCACAAGCCUUCUCGAAGCCACUUUUGCAUACAGCAAUGACCUCGAGCCUUCCAGAUAUGUAACGACAGAGGAGAGGGAUGAGUUAAUCCUGGAGGCCCUGUUUCAGGGUGCUAUGGCCACUAAGGGACUGCCAGAGACAGACAGUCUUGUCAUUCCUGAACCUAACCUCAUGGCCAAUGACACAAGGCAGCACCCAAACGGUUUCUUAAACAGCCCUGAGCAGUUUCAGGGACCCGGAGCUCCAGCCCUGAGCAUGGGCAGCCCUGGCUGGAGGCCCCGACAAGCCAGGUCACUGCAGAGCAGAGGCUUGGUGCGGGGUCUGGGACUUUCCAGCACCACUUCUGGCAGCAGGGAGUCCCCCUCUGCGGGUAACAGAGCAGAGCAGGAUCUGGCCAGCCAGACCCCUGAGCCAGCAGUGGGUAAGAGAGGGUGCGGGCCUCAUUCCCCUUUUUGCAGAACUCGCUUCAAGAAGAGGUCCCUGGAAUCACGCGGUUCUGGGGCUGAGGUGAUGGUGACCCAGCCAAGCCUGGAAGAAAUGGGGAACUCGACUGAAGAGGGGCAGCACUUGGGCAGGGGUGAUCCUCAGGCUGUGCCUGCAGAUGGAGCUGAGGAGAAGCAUGCUGAAGGGGGACCAGCCCUGAGCAGCAGCAGGGGGGCUCAGCGAAGCAGCGGCUCCCUCCCCACACAGGCAGUGCCAGCAGCCGGCAGCUCAGGACCGCAGGAUGGUGCCGUGGCCGCAGACCUGGCCUCAAACUGGGACCCAGUCUCAGCGGUGGCAGCGGGGCACACUGGGGGCUUGCAGAGCCCAGCUCUGGCCGAGCUGCAGACAGGCAGAGGCACUGCCUGGGGGGCUCCAUGGGGCGAGCAGGCUCAGGGGAGAAGCCAGAUGGAGGAGGAGACGAAUGCCGUGGAGCAGCCAGGUCUGGAGAGGGCCUGGCUCAGUCCCCGGCCUCAGCAGCUGGAGGCCAAUGCCACAAAGGGCUCUGUGCCUGAGAUCAGCUCUGGGCAAAGCCCAGAGGAAAUCCCUAUGAAACUUUCCUCCAAGGAUAACUAUUCCCUGCCUCUGAGUGGCCCUGAGCUCGGCCACAGCACCACCGAGAAACCAGCCCAACAUCUGCGAGCCAGUCCGGAUGAACAGCAGGUGCUUGGGGGGGAAGAUGUCCUUAGAGAAACCAGGAAACGGGGAGAGCCUGAGGAGGAGGGGGAAAGCAGCAGCAUGGCAGAGGAGAGGAGCCAUGUCCCAGGACAUGGGGAGAACCUGACUCUGAACAACGUGAGGCCAGAGGCUGACAAACUGGACUACGAUGACUAUGGAGAAACAGAGCAGGCCAUGGAGGAUUUUGACAUUUAUGAAGAAGGGGAGCAUGAUCCGCGCUCCUUCCAGGGGCGGAUACGACAGUACUACAUUGCAGCAGUGGAGGUGUUAUGGGAAUAUGGGAACCAGAGACCCCAGCACUUCCUAAAAGCCGUGGACCCCCGGAGCGGCAGGAGGAAGCCUUUCCGACAGUACCGCAAGGUGGUUUUCCGAGAGUACUUGGACAGUUCCUUCACUCAGCCACUGAUACGGGGAGAACUGGACGAACACUUGGGCAUCCUCGGGCCGUACAUCAGGGCAGAAGUUGAAGAUGUGAUCAUGGUCAAGUUCAAGAACAUGGCCUCGCGGCCCUUCUCCUUCCACUCCACACUGCAAGGCUACGAGGAGCUGCGGGGCACAGUGUCGGGCGAGGAGGCAGUGCAGCCCGGCGAGCUGCGGGACUACUCCUGGAAAGUCCUGCCCCAGAUGGCACCCACCACGCAGGAGUUCGACUGCAAGGCCUGGGCUUACUUCUCCAACGUGGACCUGGAGAAGGACCUGCACUCGGGCCUCAUCGGGCCACUCAUCAUCUGCCGCCAAAACGUGGUGAACCCCGUUUCCAGACGGCAGCUGGCAGUGCAGGAGUUCUCCCUGCUCUUCACCAUCUUUGAUGAAACCAAGAGCUGGUACUUCCUGGAGAACAUGAAGAGAAACUGCCGCCCGCCUUGCCGCAUCCAGCCAGACAGCCCUGACUUUAGGAGACACCAUUCCUUCCACGCCAUCAAUGGCUACGUGAGGGACACGCUGCCCGGGCUGGUGAUGGCUCAGCAGCAGCGGGUCCGAUGGCACCUCCUGAACAUGGGCAGCACCGAGGACAUCCACUCCGUCCACUUUCAUGGGCAGACGUUCAGUGUCAGGACUAGCCAGGAGUACCGCAUGGGAGUCUACAACCUUUACCCUGGUGUCUUCGGGACAGUGGAGAUGUGGCCCUCGCAUGCUGGGAUCUGGCAGGUGGAGUGCAAAGUGGGGGAGCACCAGCAAGCCGGGAUGAGUGCCCUCUUCCUCGUGUACAACCUGGAUUGCCAAAAUGCUUUGGGGCUGGCCUCAGGCCACAUUGCGGACUCCCAGAUCACGGCAUCGGGGCAGUACGGGCAGUGGGCCCCUUCCCUGGCCAGGCUGGACAACACCGGCUCCAUCAACGCUUGGAGCACCGCUCACAGCAAUGCCUGGAUCCAGGUGGACCUUUUGCAUAUCAUGAUCAUUCACGGCAUAAAAACCCAAGGGGCUCGACAAAAGCUCUCCAGUCUCUACGUCUCCCAAUUUGUUGUCUUCUACAGCCUCGAUGGGCAAAGGUGGAGGCAAUACAAGGGGAACGCCACCAGCACCCAGAUGCUGUUCUUUGCAAACGUGGAUGGAACCGCAGUGAAAGAAAACCGCUUCAACCCCCCGAUCAUAGCCCGGUACAUCCGCAUCAACCCCACGCACUACAGCAUCCGGACCACGCUGCGCAUGGAGCUCCUCGGCUGCGACCUCAACAGCUGCUCCAUGCCCCUAGGAAUGGAGAGCAGAGGGAUCCCCGACCAGCGCAUCUCCGCGUCUUCCUACAGCACCAAUGUCUUCUCCACCUGGUCACCCUCCCAGGCUCGCCUCAACCUCCAGGGGAGGACCAAUGCGUGGAGACCAAAGAGCAACAGCCCCAGUGAGUGGUUGCAGGUGGACUUUGAAGAAACCAAGAAGGUGACGGCAAUCAUAACCCAAGGUGCUAAGGCUGUGUUCACCCACAUGUUUGUGAAGGAGUUUGCUGUCUCCAGCAGCCAGAACGGUGUGCACUGGAGCCCGGUCCUGCAGGACGGCAAGGAGAAGAUUUUCAAGGCAAACCAAGACCACACCAGCACAGUGAUGAACGUCCUGGAGCCACCCCUCUUUGCCCGCUACGUGAGGAUACACCCCCGCCAGUGGCACAACCACAUCGCCCUGCGGAUAGAGUUCCUUGGCUGUGACACUCAGCAGGAGUACUGAUGGCUGCAGGGCCAGGCACGGGCAGUGCCAGCCCAUGGACCCACGUCCAGCUGGACACUGAACUCUCACGGAGCUGGCCCCGCAGGGCUGUGCUUGCUCCGUGUGUCCAGGAGGUGCUGGUGGCAUCAGCAGAGGUUCUUGUACUCCAGGAGCCCUGGCCAUGCUGGUGGCUCCUGCUGAUGGGGUGGAUGGUUUGUCAUCAGUCUAUCUGCCCCUCAUCUACCACAUGCCAUGUAGUCAGGCAUAAUGCUGAAGAAUUAAACAGUAAUUUUCCAGUA